AUGGGUCUGUUGAGUGGUGUUUGCAAUGCUGGGGCGCUCCUAUUGAGUUUGGGCUUCUUACAGAUGAGAUACACCAAGAAGGUGUCAGUGUGGCCCGUGGCUUUUGUUGGAGGGCUCCGCUAUGAAUCCGUGAAGGUCAACAUGGAGGGUAAAGUGGCCGGAUGGUUCGUGAAAUUUUUCCCAUCCCGAUCAUUCGCCAUCGACAUGGCCGGCUUCGCCAUUAACUUGAAGCUAAUCCUGGAGAAGCGCACGGCAAUAUUCCGGCUGGAUGUCGCUGCGGGCUACCAAGAGCCCAGCCUACUGCAGGACCUGGUGACAAUGGAGGAGCUGGAGCCCAAGGCUGACAACUGCACCAAGAUUCUGGUGUGGCACACGAAGACCCAAACACCGAACUUGCGUAAUGACAAAAACUUCACAGACCCAAAUGUUGAAGUCUAA